AUGCUCCCUCUCAUAUUGGGGCGGCAUAUUAUUUACAAUAGCACAUGGUGGGAUGAGCAUCUUUCAGAAGAAAAUGUUGAGUUCCUUAAGAAACUUUCAACAGAAGAAUAUAAAGCUCAAACUGCUAGUAAACUUUGUCCUCUGAAAGAUGAGCCUUGGCCUCUGCACUCAUGGGAGCCAGGUUCUAAAAGAGUUGGUAUUAUUGCAGUAAAGUUGGGAAUGAUGCCAUUAUGGACUAAGCAGGGUAAAAAAAUACCUGUCACAAUGCUUCAGGUUCAAGACUGCCAUGUUAUUAAAUACACACCCAAAGAAGAAUUUGAUGGGAAAACUCCCAGUCUAACUGUUGGAGGGAAAAAUGUGUCUGAAUUCCAUGAUGACAGUGCCUUCUUAAUGCUUACAAUUACAGUGGCUACUGCAAGCAAUUCAUGA